UGGUUCUACCUCUGUGCUGGGAUCUGGCCGUCAGAGAUCAUGUGACCCAAAGUCUACACCGCACACCCGGUCAGCUGCCAUCAACCCUAACUCAGCAGUCAUUGUGGAUGCCACCACUGCUGUGAACCUUGAACUUUUACAGAACGUGAGGGACCCUAAGAGUGAGCAUACAUUAUACGGAGUGUUGAACUACACCAAGACAAUUGGGGGAGCCCGUUUACUGAGAGCCAAUAUUUUACAGCCUUCCUGUGACAAGGGAACCAUAGCCAUGAGACAAGAAGCAGUCUCAGAACUCACAGAGAAGGAGGAUGUGUUUGAUAGCAUUCAGACAGUGAUUGCUCGAUUCCUGGAUGUUGACCACAUCCUGUCAGUGUGUGUACAGAUCCCAAAGAAGGAGACACUGAAAACAGCAGAGGCCAACAUCAACAACCUUAUUCUCCUCAAACACAUCCUGGAACUGGUAGACCCACUCAGGAAUGCACUCUCCAACUGUGAAAACCGCCUGAUGAAACACUUUUACAAGUCACUAGAAGAUGGUAGAUAUGCACUGAUGAAAGCCAGAAUAGCUAGCAUAAUUCAUGACGAUACCAAGUAUCAGAAAGGAAUGCUGCACAUGCGCACUCAAAAGUGUUUUGCAGUGAAGGGAAGCAUUAAUGGCUUGCUUGAUAUUGGAAGAGGAACAUAUGGCGGUAUUAUAGAAGACAUAAACACAUUGGCUAACCAGUGGGCAGAAGAAUACAAUUUACCAAUAGUGACUUCGUAUAAUUCCACUAGAGGCUUUUUUCUGCAACUUAAUUGUGGUCCAAAACAAAACUUCAGCAAAGAGAGUCUGCCUGAGAUAUUUAUCAAAGUUACAAAAGCCAAGAACACACUGUGUUUUACCACCACAGAACUGAUUCGCUUGAAUAACAGGGCAAAAGAGGCUUUGGAUGAAAUAUACCUAGUGACCAACAUAGUAGUGACGGAGCUUUUAGGAGACCUGAGGAACCACUUUGGCUGUCUGUACAAACUGUCAGAGGCCGUGGCUAUGAUAGACAUGUUACAGAGCUUUGCUCAUGCCUGUACUUUGUCCAAUUAUGUGAAGCCUGAUUUUACCAAAGAUACACUUGCCAUAAAGCAGGGACGACACCCAAUCCUUGAAAAAAUCAGCACUGAUAUGCCAAUCCCUAACAAUACUUAUGCUACUGAAGACAGCAAUUUCAAUAUCAUCACUGGUGCAAACAUGAGUGGUAAAAGCACCUACCUGAGACAGAUUGUGUUGUUACAAAUCAUGGCCCAGAUAGGAUGUUUUGUUCCCGCAGAGUACGCCUCAUUCAGAAUCACAGAUCAGAUCUUCUCCAGGAUCGGCAGUGAUGAUGAUAUCGAGUCCAACUCAUCUACUUUUAUGUUGGAGAUGAAAGAAGUAAACUACAUCAUUCAAAAUGUCAGUCACAGAUCACUUUUAAUUAUGGAUGAACUAGGAAGAGGCACAAGCCAAGAGGAAGGUGUUGGAAUAUGUCAUGCUGUCUGUGAAUAUCUACUCAGAUUUAAAGCCUUUGUCUUCUUUGCAACACAUUUCAAGGAUCUUGGUCAACUGGAAAGUUUGUAUCCUAAUGUACAAAAGUAA